UUAGGUUUCGCGGAGGGGGAAGAGAAUCUUCAUUUGAGCCUUGUCUUAAACAACAUCCCUUUCUAUAGGAUAUUUCCCGAAAAUAUCACACGUGAGGCGGUUAAAUUAAUAACGUUAGUUUAUCGUUAUAUUCAUCUAAACCCGUAACGUAACACUGAGGUGAUAUACCUCUUGAAAAUGCUUCAGUCUCUAGCCAGCAAUUCCUGUGUGCGUUUGAUACAGAGUCACAAAUCGACGUGGUAUUUUGUAUCUCUAGUCUUAGGGUAUCUGCUUUAUCUCAUAUUCGGCGCUGUUGUAUUCUCUUCGGUCGAGCUGCCUUAUGAAGACGUCCUGCGCCAGGAGCUGAGGGCCAUUAAAAAACAGUUCCUCCAGGAAAAUGAAUGUCUAUCCGAAGAGCGCCUGGAGCGGUUCCUUAAAAAAGCGCUGGAUGCCAGUAACUAUGGGGUUUCUAUCCUCAACAACGCCUCAGCUAACUGGAACUGGGACUUCACCUCUGCGCUGUUUUUCGCGAGCACCGUGCUGUCCACCACAGGAUAUGGUCACACAGCACCUCUGUCAGAUGGUGGGAAGGCCUUCUGCAUUAUCUACUCGGUGAUUGGGAUCCCCUUCACCCUCCUCUUCCUCACUGCCGUGGUGCAAAGGAUCAUGGUAUUCAGCACACGGAGGCCGAUCAUGUACAUCCACACGCGCUGGGGCCUGUCCAAGCCGCUGGUGGCCAUCGUUCACGCCACUCUGCUCGCCUCAUUGGCCGUCUCUUGCUUCUUCCUCAUCCCCGCUGCCAUCUUCUCAGCGCUGGAGGAAAACUGGAACUUCCUGGAGUCCUUCUACUUCUGCUUCAUUUCCCUGAGCACCAUCGGCCUGGGAGACUACGUACCUGGAGAAGCUGCUAAUCAGAGGUUCAGGGAGCUGUACAAAGUGGGCAUCACUGUCUACCUGAUCCUGGGUCUGAUAGUCAUGCUGGUGGUGCUGGAGACCUUCUGCGAGCUGCAGCAGCUGAAGCAGCUGAGGAAGAUGUUCUACCUGAAGAAGGAGAAGCCGCAGGACCGCCUCGCCAUUUUGGAGCACGACCACCUGUCCUUCACUACUGUUGCCAACCGAGCCACAGCCCAUAACGAAGACAAAACCCAGCCAUUUGUUAGUGUCCCAACCCUGACUUCUCCCAACGAUGACCCCAUGAUUCAGUAAACUAAAUUCAGAGCAAACACCUGCUGAAGGUUGAGAAUAUGAAAGUAGGGGGGUUAAUGCACGCAAGACUAAAAGUAGAUAGAGUGAGUAGAUCAUAAGUCUCAGCUGUAGGCAUUCUGCAAAGCUCAGCCCUGCAAAUUUUAGUAGUAAAACUAGUUGAGACUUCAGAUCAAGCAAACAAUCUCCAUUAUGGAACCACAAUACUGAGAAUAUAGUGCUAUGCAGCAGAGAUAAAAAAAUAUGCACAUUAAUUAGGGAGAAAAUUAAUAUUUUAACAGGAACUCUAAAGACAAAGUCACUGAUAAAAGAAAAGCCUUCUGCUGCAUUUAUGACUCACAGGAGCCAAGCUCCUUUAUGAGCUGUAUUACUUAUUGCAUAUUUAGGAACAUUUUAGAAAGUAAUUGGUCUCUUAAAUCUAGAUGAAAUGUAGGAAAAUUAUCUGUAGUCUGUCACAAAAUAGUACAUAAAUAUGUGUGUAUCUUAUAAAUGAUGCUCGACGGUAUGUGGAAUGUACAUAAUCGGGUAAAAGAUGUAUAGUGCCAUCUAGAAUUGAGACACCUCUGAAAGAUGAGCCAAAGUGCAGCCUAAACAUAAAAACAGCACAAGUAAUUCAUUAAUAUUUCAUUUGCAUUCAUAUUUUUUUUAUUAACAUUAUUUUAUCAGGUGAAACUUUGACAAGAAGAUUUAGUAUCGUGUAUUCAGAGGCCUGUUUUUACUUUACAUGAUGCGAGUGAUAUGGUUUACUGAAAAAGAGGUUGCAGUCGAUCGUGAACAAAGCAUGAAAGAACAGACAAUGCAUUUUAAAAACAAUAAGUGAACCAAUUUAGUCUACAUGUAAGAACGCAGUCUUGCGAUCUAUGUUUUGUUGCACUUUUGGCUCAUCUUUACAGAGGCGUUAACUAUUCUGGUUGCGCUCCACAUUUGUCGCAUUUCAUGUAAGGGAAAAUAUUUGUCUGCAGAUAUGUGUUUUUUCUCAACAUGUUGCAGUACUAUUUCAGAGUUGUCCGUGUGUGGUGAUAAGCACUAUAAUUUAUUGAUUUGUCUGAAAGGCUUAAUGUGUGCUGGACUGUGUGAAAAGGGAAGAGAGGUUAGCCCAGCUUAAAAAAAAGGGAACCACAGAGAGGCUGGCUGGCCCGUUGCAUUUUACAGUCAAUAAAGAGAGCUCUGUUUGCACAUGUAGUGGAACCAGGCAGUAGUACAGAGAAAAAAAAUAGCUGUUUGGGAUUUUUCUGAAAGAUGAAAGACAUGGUUCCAAAGAUUUCAUCUGUAAAACAGGAGAUAUUUUUAAUGGAAAAGAUAAUGUUACCUCUGUUGUGGAUAAUGGCUAUAAUGGCUAAGUUGCUUUAAACUAGAAAAGGGCAAGGCAUUGAACAGAAAACUAUUUUACUGUAUUUACAUCACUUGAAUGUCAAAAUGUAUAUUUUUCGAUAUGACACAAGGAAGGUUUACAAAAUUUUGUUAGUAAUUUAUGAAAGUAAUUCUGUACUAAAAAUAGGGAAACUUGAAACUGUAAAUUCAAGGAGUGCAGCUUGAAUUGAAACAUCCCAGUCCUGGUUGUCUACCACAUCAGUUUUUAAUCUCAUCAACCAAGGACAACGUUCCGUCAUUUGAAUUUAAACCAAUGGGUAUACACUUGCAAGUAUGUAUGACACUGACAUUGAACUCCUCUGUGUAUUUUUUUUAAAAUACAUUUUUAGCAGGAGGUAAAAUGUUCUGACAGAAGCACUAAUUUCAUGUGAUUAUCCGUCCUCUAAUAUUCUGUUUGGCGCAGACACCCACACACACACACAGCGCAGCACACCGCUGUACCGUUCUAAUGUUUCAGUCUCCGUUUGCCGCUGAAUUUCUGACCUCAUCUUCUCUGCUACAUCAAGACACAGUCGCAGCCUUUUAUAAAGUCUUGAAUGUAAUGUUUUUUAUGCUGUUUGCUACCGUGAGAUUCAAGGCCUGACCAGAGCGCAGCACCGACUUCUUGUUGUUCUGCUGGCUCCGUUAGUUUAGUAGUGAGUAAGUUAUAUUUGAAACGGCGUGUGCAGGUGAGCUGCAGCAAGGCGUCACGACCACUUGCAAAACUAGCUUUGACUGUGUCAGCAUCUGAGUUACUCACUGAUCUGUAAUAUUGUGUUUUAUGGAUCAGUGGGAUUGUUGUUCAUUUUUUUUUUUUUUUCACCAGUCUGGGCCUUCAUGUAAACUGUGAAGCAUUGAUGCUGUUCAUAAUGUCUGCUGAGAAAAAAGAAGAACUAGAAUUUUGCCAAGUUGGGGAUUCUCUUUUACUAUGAGAUGUUUCACUGUUUUGUAGAUACAUUAAGUAGAUUGAUGUCAAGGCUCGGACCCUCCAGCGUUACUGUUUUCGACAGUGUUUGUCUACACACAGUUUGUGUAGGGUGAGAGCUGUCAGGUAAAGUAGUUCUAGUUCUGUUCAGGGAGUAAACAUUGUGUCAAGGAUUACAAAUGCAGGCAUACUGUUAUAAUUUAUUUACACUGACAAAACUGACAGGUUUGGAAUAUUUGGAAUCAUAAGUUUCUGUACAUAUCUCCUCAGAUGUUGUGGUGCAUACUGUACAUACAUAUGCCCAGGUGAGUAUUUUAGUGUUACAAUACCAAUAUUGUAAUACAGGAUUGCCAAGGAGCACCAAGGUUUUCUGUAAAAUUCAUUUCAGCAUAAGAAGUGAAUCCAUGAACUGUAAAAUCUCAGUGUGUCUUAAAUAAAGUGUUGGUUUGUUAUUACUUCA